AUGUCCAAUAAUUAUGAUACCUUCCCUUUCAUGAGACUGCUGAGCGGAUGGGGAGUGGUAAGCGGCCCCGGCCUGUUUAUGCUUCGUAGCCUGGUAUCAGGUAUUUCCACAGCCACCGUCAUCGGCGUCUCAAGCGGCAUGGCAGGCAGCAUGAUCUGGGGAACAGCUGCCCUUCCUUUCCUUAUCGGCUCCUCAGUUGGAUUUGCCCUCGGAAGCUUCAGAUGGUACGAAGUAGCCACGAGAGAAGCUCUACUUCAAAUGGAUCUUUAUCCUGCACUGUUGAGACUCCACAUCUGCUCCAACUUUCCAUGGGUACCAGACCUACACGACAAAGGCCGAGAGUGGUAUACACCUGAUAACUUUCGGCGAUCUUGGGUGUUGAGGAGCAUGCUAGUGGUUGGCUGGCUCUCGGCUGAGUCGUCACUGCGUGAGAUUAGGGAGCGCAAGGAAGCUAGGUUGAUUGAGGAGUACUCUGCCAGAGAUGAAUCUUAG